AUGGCUGCAGCUGCCUCGGAUGUAGUAGAUGCUGGUGCUGUCUUGGCGGAGAUUAAUGAAGACUUCCUGUGUUGUGCUAUAUGUCUAGAGCGGUAUUCAGACCCAAAGAUACUACCAUGUCAACAUACAUUUUGUAAGAAGUGUCUAGUACAACUAGCUGAGAAAGGAGUAGCUGAUACACUGAUGUGUCCAACUUGUAACAGGUCAGUAAAGGUACCUAUCAAUGAUCUGCAGUCUAAUUUCUUCAUGAGCUCACUUCUAGACAAGAUACCCGAGAAACUGGUAGCUGGUACCCCUAAAGUGUGUGAAUUUUGUGAAGAAAAUGAAGUCACCUCCAUCUGUGUUGAAUGCCAACAGUAUUCCUGUACACCUUGUACUAGAGUACAUAAAAAAACCAAGACAACAAAAUCUCAUCAGGUUCUAUCGGUUGACGAAUAUCAAGAGACAAAGAACAAGAAGCCAUUUGCUGUACAGUCGAUACAAUACUGCAAUGUCCACACAGGUAACCAGUUGAAGUACUACUGUGAUACCUGUCAGACACCUAUAUGUAUGGAGUGUACAAUCAUAGAUCAUAGAGUUCCUGAACACAAACACAGAUAUAUUAAAGAGGUGGCAGAUGAGUAUUCUGACGAAUUAAAGGGGAAGGUCAGGAAGUUAAAAGUGAAAGCAGAUGAAGCUGAGACAAGUAAAAUGUCAGCCAAGGCAGCCUGUGAUAAACUAAAAACCUGCUGUAAAGAAGAAGAAGCAAAGAUAAACAAGAAAACAGAUGAAAUCUUGGAAGAUCUGAGAAGACAAAUAGAGGUAGUUAAGCAGAAGAAGGAAAGAUUGGUGGAUGAGUUGAAGACAGAAUAUACAGCUAGAGUAAAGAAUAUGGAAAUCAAAGUUGAUGAACUGGAGAUGAAACAUGGAAACAUAGUCAGUACUUGCAGCUACCUAGAGACACUGGUGCAACAUGGGAAUCCUGGACAGAUAUUGAGUGCCAAACAAGUUUACCAACAACGAAUUGAUGGGUUGAUUGCCAUGGAAACUAAACCACAACUUAUUCCUGAUGUAAUAGAGUUCAGACCUCAUCCAGGGAGAGAUGAUGUAAGAAUGCUGGCAACAAACGCAUGUCAACAAAACUGUAGUCUUGAUAAUGUCCCAAAACAACUGAUCAAAGGUGACACUGCAACUUUAAUGGUAACAACCAGAGAUAAACAAGGAAAACAAGUCAUUCCACGCCAGGUGGUUGAGGCUAGAGUAACAAAACCUGAUGGAUCAAGUGAUGAUAUCAAAGUACAGGAUAACAAUGAUGGAACACACACAAUGAUGGUACAUGGAGAAAUAGAUGGGAAAUAUAAAGUGUCAGUGACAAUAGACAAUCAGCCAACACCAGGAACACCUGCACAGAUCCAUGUCAUUAAAGGAUUGGUGAAGACCAUUGGUAAAGAGGGCAGUGGAAAAGGGGAGUAUAAUAAGCCAGUUGGUGUUACAAUAGAUAGGAAUGGUGACAUUGUUACAGCUGACAGGGGUAAUAAAAGACUACAAAUUACAGACAAGGAUGGAAAUUAUAAAAAUAUUACAAAAAUUGAAAAAAUUAUUCCAGUUGAUGUGUGCAUAUUUAAUGACAAAUACUACAUGGUAGAUUAUGAUAAUAAACAAGUUGUUAUCAGUGAUAUGAAUGGUCAUGUGAUCAAAGAAUUCAGUGAAAACAUGAAGCAUCCUCAACGCAUUGCUGUUAGACCUGCUGAUGGUAUGGUGUAUGUAUCUGAUUGGAAUGGGUUAGUUUACGAGAAAACGAAUAAACAUGGUCACUGGAUAAGAAAAUACACAACAAAUGGAGAUUACAUCAAAUCAUUUGGAGGUUAUGGAAGUAAUCCAGGACAAUUUAAAGGGCCAUCUUUCAUGGCUGUAGACAAUCAAGGAUUGCUAUUUGUAGGUGACUAUAACAAUAACCGCAUACAAGUCUUCAAUACAGAUGAUGAGUACAUGUAUUCAUUCAAGUGUUCAGGUAAAGGAGAUGGUCAGAUAUACGCACCACGUGGCAUAGCUAUUGAUAAUGAGGGAUAUGUAUAUGUAGCUAGUAGUAAUAAUAAGCUACAAA